UAAAUUUCUUUACGCAGCAAAUUUUACUCUGGGUUCAAGUAUAAGUUCAAAUAUCCACAAAAAGUGACCAAUUUUUUAGUUUGUUGUAAAAAAGAUUGUUUUCAGGUUUGACAGUUUGAACAAAAUGUGGAUAGAGUUUAUAUUUUCCUUCCUGUUCGCCAUCAUUCUCUUUGUUUCUAUCUGUGGCAAUCUUCUUAUUCUGUGGAUAAUUCUAGGUCAUCGAGGAAUGCGGACAGUACCAAACUUCUUCCUUCUAAAUCUGGCAAUUGCAGAUUUAGGGAUUGCUGUACUGAAUACAAUUCCCUCAUUCUUAUUCAUGAGAGAUGGUGUAUGGGUGUUUGGAAGAACGUACUGCAAGUUUAACACCUUUACUUCCUACCUGACCGUCUCAGCCAGCAUCUUCACCCUCCUAGCUCUAACGGUCAAUAGGCACAAGGCUAUAGUGACACCUCUGAAGGCUAAAGCUACCUGCUGCCAGCUGACCUUCUCGCUAAUUGGUAUUUGGCUGGUCAGUGGUGUUCUCUCUCUACCUGGACUUCUACUUUCAGAUCUACACCGAAUCAGCAGGAGCGAAGAAGCGUAUGUGUGUAUAAUGAUCUGGUGGGACGGAUUUCAAGGACAGUCACAAUUCGACUUUAUAUACAACAUGGUCCUGUUUGUUGUCACCUACGUACUCCCGCUGAUCUUCAUGUGCUUUGCAUACACAAGAAUGUGCCGAGUUCUGAACCAGAAGGUUAUUGGAGAAAGCACUCCUUCUUCUGAAGCAGGCAGACUGAAAAAGAAGCAGGUGAUAAAAAUGUUCUCCUUGGUGGUUGGACUGUUUGCUCUUUGCUGGCUUCCUUACCAUCUUUACUUCCUAAUCAUGUACGCCGCCCCUCAUCUAGCCAAAUCUCCUGUCAUCAGGCCCCUGUACCUCUGUAUUUACUGGCUGGCGAUGUCAAACAGCUGUAUCAAUCCAAUCAUCUACUAUUUCUGGAACCAAAGGUUUCGGAAACAUUUUGACAAUAUCUUCAGACGAAUAAUUCCAGUCUAUGCUAGCUGGAACUCAAACACAG